GUCUGCUAGGAUUACGGUUCAAAAUUCUGGAGGGCAAGUUGAGUUUCAUGUCCGAAACACGGCUUUGCGCAGUAGCCAAUUUGCACCGACUGAGCUUAUCAAGCAUCUCGGAACAUUUUGAUUAUAUUGGGGGAGUGAGCAGCAAAGAUUCAAAGUCUGUUCUCCAAUGUAUAUUGCAUUGUAGAGAUUUUUGUUGAAACCAAAUAAUUUGAGGUGUGAGAUUCUUCAUAAAAACUUAAAAGUUCAAGAUUCACGUUUCCAUUCUUUAGAUGCCGUAAGUAGCUUAACGUGUAGGAAAAGUAAUAUGAGAUAUUUUACACAAAAAAGAAGGUAAUCAUAUAGUGGUGGCACAAAGUUCACAGACGACAUCGAAUUCUGAACGCCAUACUUGGAAAAUAAAUCAGGACUUCCACACCGAGCAGUUGAGUAUCGAUUGAAGUGCGAUGACAACGGCAGCCGAUUCGUAUUAUGGAGGUCUGACGUUUCUGCGAGACCGAAUGGAAGAUUCGGCACCAGCACUGAUGCACACUUUGAGAGAACCAAAAGACCAUAUGCAGUUGUAUAGCAGGUCUAGCGGGGAUUAUUUCCCACAAAAUUAUUCUCAGGUUAACUACGAAGGAAUGCAGUACCAACCGAAUGAUACGCCAAUGAUACAGCUCAAGAACCACAUUUAUUCCAACUGUGAAUCUGAUAUUCAACGUGAAAAUAUUUACGACUCCUGUACAAUGCCACUUGACUACACGAUGUCCAGGUUUCAGCAAAAACCAGAACAUUCUCAACAUACUUCUAAUCAGACUCCACGUGCGUAUUUGGCGCCGGAGCGAGACAAGAACAACAAUAACAAUGAGUAUAAAGCCGGGCCGUUGCCAGAAUUGGUCAAUUUUAAUCCGAGUAAUGAGGACGACCCAGAUGAAAACUUGAUAGACGUUUACGAUUUGCUCAACUUAUCUCCAGAAAAUAAUUAUGACGGGCAGCAACAGGAUAUUGAAUAUGAGUGUAUUCAAAGACGCAAUGCGCAUAAUUCCUGUGAAGAGGACAAUGAAGUGUUUUAUCCCGGCAACGUCGUGCAGUUCGGGUCCCACGCAGAAGAAAAAAUGAUAAGCUUAUCCCGUUCAGCAGCCACUUCAAAUGGAAGUAUAAUAUCAUGUUGUCAUUCCAACCCUCCCGAACAGGACGGCAAAUUUGAAGCUACUAAGAUCAAUCAGUUAGCGACUCAAAGUAGCUGCGAUUGGCAAGAAAUGAAAAAACUUAGCUACUCUCCCGAAACGACGGAAUUAUCACAAACAGCCCCCUGCAUCAAGACGGAAUUGCAUGCUGAAAUUGAUACUUUCGUGUCUGCGGAUAGCCUUGAACACCAAGCGCCAAAAUCAAAUUUGAGUGCCGGCAAGGUUGACAAUAUGAACAAUUAUUUUGUGAAACCGAUUCCGCCAUUAAAAAAACUGGAUGAUGCGUUGUCGGAACAAGAACAACAAAAUGCGACCAGUUCAGGCAACGAUCUGAUGAAUGGACCACAUUUAGCAUUGCAAGCAAAAAAUGGCUUACACUACGGCGUAUCCGGGUUUAGCUCAAAUAUAAAUUCUCCUUCAGCUGUCAAUGAUGUCAAUUAUAACUACCAAUCCGUUGCAAAAAGUCUGGCAUCGAGACUGCCGCUGAUUGCUCUCGGUGACGAUUCCACGCAAAACCAUCUUGCCAUGAAUACAAACGAGAACUAUCUGAAUCCUAGAAAAUACAUGAACUAUAAUGCAUAUCAAAACGGUAGAGAGCACCUACAUCGCACAGAUAAUAUGAAAAAUACGUUUAUGGACGAUACUCCUGCUUACCCAUAUCAGGAACCAAUCACAGCGCUACAGCAUCAUGACUCUUAUUAUAACCACAGUUAUCCCAUGUCACUAAGUCACCCGCGACCACUAUCACACACUAACUCUGACCCCAGCGCUUUGCAAAAAGUUUGCUCAUCAGAAAGUACGAGGCCUCCGUAUUCAUAUUCGGCUUUAAUUGCUUUAGCUAUUCAGAGUAAUCCGGAAAAACGAAUGACGUUACGGCAAAUCUACAACUACGUAACAGAGUGUUUUCCAUUUUAUAAAAACUGCAAACCCGGCUGGCGAAAUUCAAUACGUCAUAAUUUAUCUCUAAAUGAUUGUUUCCGAAAAGUUCCCCGUAACGAAGAUGACCCAGGAAAGGGGAAUUAUUGGACUUUGGAUCCACAAAGCGAGAAAAUGUUUGACAACGGCAAUUUUAGAAGGCGCCGUAGAAGACGAACAGAGAUACGAGAUUAUCGUUUUUCAGCACGGAGAGUAAGUGACGUUACAGAUUUUUCAACUGGGAGCACUGCGGAACUUAAAGACUAUGAUAACAUGCGACACAGUAGCUUUUCUGGGACGUCAAACUCUAACGCAGAUCAUUUUGAUAUAGCACCAGUAAGCGAUAUACUUGAAAAUGGUAAUAAUAUACAAGAGUCCAAGUAUUUGAACUCGAUUAACCCUGCGUCACGUAUGAUAAGUUCACCAACAGAUAGAGUCAUUUUAAAACCCGAGGAAAGAUGAAUUUGACUCAACGCUGUUGUGUAACACAGACCCACACAGACAUUACAAAGUCUAUAUCGACGUAGUGGGCUGUCUGUGCGAUACUUCGUCUGCGGAUUUUUGUUCUAUUUAUCACGUUUAAAGGAAGAUGUUGUCAAUCAACUGAUCGAUUGUGACAAACUCUUGACAAUCCAUGUUUGAAUGCAUUAUCAAGACGGAAAGAAGUGUCUCUGAACGAGAUUUUACAUCCAAGCAUGUGCAUUUGAUACUGAUUCUUUAAACGGAUGAGCGUUGCAGUAAAUAACCAGUCUGUCACAUGAAAUUCAUUCUUACUUUGGUGCUGUUGGAAUUCUAGAACAAAAAAAUCUUGAAUGGUACCAAUCUUAAAAGUAGAUAGGAUAGGAAAAUAAAGCUUUUACGGUGAUCGCAAAUCGUUUGGUGAGCACUCGCUUGAUGAAAUCGUUGGUCAUAUUUUUAUUUCAACGAACUUUUCAAGUGAAUCACGCGGUCAUAAAAAUAAAAAAGUAAAUACAUUCUAGAAGCCAUUUUCAUAUUUAAAUACUGAUUGUGCUCUAAAGUGUUUGUUUCAUUAGAAAGCGAAUUUCGUUUAAAAAUGUCGUCUCACAAUUUUUUUAAAUUAAUACAUUCGUCCAUUCCGUGUCCAAUAAACGACACCAUGUUGUUUGCACGUCGUUUUCUUUCAAUUCAAAUGGUAGAACGGAAAGUUUCAAGUUUUUUUAUUUUAACUAUUUUCGUUGCUGGGUAUUUCCAGCUGUUUUGUUCCGGUGAUCAACAUAUGUAUUUUUGCUUUGUAAACUAUUUUUUUUUGUAAAUAGGUAUUUAUAAUUUAUAUUCUUUGCACUAUGAGGCAUGUGAAAUUUUGCACAAUAUAUUUACGACUUACGUACGGAAUUUUAUUGGCUGAUUAAAAGUUACAAGUUCUUCAGACAAUCAAAAUUUUGUAUCGCUCUAAAAAUAUUGUUUGGAUCGCUUAAUAUAAUUAAAUGAAAUAUUCACACCCAAAUUCAAAACCCGAUAGCUUUCAGCUACAUCAGUUAUAAGUCUGUUACCUACAUCAGUUAUAAGUCUGUCCAUUACUGGCACAUUUUUUAUCCAAUUCUGUUCCAUGCUCGAUUCAUUCAUGGCCAAUUGUCGACAAGAACAAUCAUCCGCAAUUAUUCUCUUUAUGACGUCAUUUCCGCUAGUUGUGAUUCAAAAAUGUUUAGUCUAUUGCAUGCAUGCCUAAGUACAGUGCAAAAUCUGCAUAGCUCAAAAUAUUUUUAUGCAAUUUUUUUUGCAGUCGUACCCCAAUUGAAUUUUAUGUUUUAAUACAACUCAAUUCAUUUAAAAAGUAAUUUUAGAAAUACCGUUUUGGAUAGUUGGGUCAUAUCUUCAAUUUACCUAAUUUGCUACUGUUUGUAUCUAUUAUAAGUAGAUCUGUUUGUUCUAAAAUUAUUCGCCGCAUCCACUCAGUGUUAAAUCAACUUUUCAUAACUAAUUCGUAUUUUUUCGGUGAACGCACGACGAUUCUAUUACUAUUAAUAUUGUUAUUGUACCUUAUAUAUUUUUUAUUCGGAAUAUGGUUAAUUCUUUUUGAGUACAUUAUGGUUACGUUACAUGCUUUUAACGCAUGAAUAUAUUCGAAAUUCUAA